AUCCCCCGUGUAAGAGUGAGGUGGAGGAGGACAUUCCAGGAGAUGUGAUCACAGGACAUUCAAGGAGGAACUCAGGGGGAAACUUAAUUUUCUCACUAAAUUAUAAACUAGAAGAUGAAGAUAUCAUGCAGAGCUCGUCAGAAGAAAACCUCAUUACCUGUAAUGUACACCCAGGCCUUCACAGUCCAGAUCUAUCAUAUAAUCCUCUUAAUGAUGAGGAAACCUUUCCUGACCAAUCACAGCUUAUUACCACAAUUACCGGGCAGAAAGGGGUUAGAAGGUAUCAGUGUGGGGAAUGUGGAAAACAGUUUCCAUACAGCUCAGGUCUUUCCUUACACAGAAGAAGUCACACAGGGGAGAAGCCGUAUUCAUGUUCAGAAUGUGGGAAAUCCUUUACCCGUAAAACGGGUCUUGAUAAACACAAGAGAAUUCACACAGGAGAGAGGCCAUAUUCAUGUUCAGAAUGUGGGAAAUGUUUUACAGACAAAUCAAGUCUUGUUACACAUGGGAGAACUCACACAAGGCAGAAGCCGUAUUCAUGCUCAGAAUGUGGGAAAGGUUUUGCAGAUAAAUCACAUCUUGUUAUACAUGAGAGAAUUCACACAGGAGAGAGGCCAUAUUCAUGUUUAGUAUGUGGGAAACGUUUCACAAAUAAAUCACAUCUUGUUAUACAUGAGAGAAUUCACACAGGAGAGAAGCCGUAUUCAUGUUCAGAAUGUGGAAAACGUUUUUCUGAUAAAUCUAGUCAUUCUACACAUCAGAGAAUUCACACAGGAGAGAAGCCAUACACAUGUUCUGAAUGUGGGAGAUGUUUUAUGCAGAAAUCACAUCUUGUUAGACAUGAGAGAAUUCACACAGGAGAAAAGCCAUUUUCAUGUUCAGAAUGUGGGAAAUGUUUUACAAAUAAAUUAAAUCUGGUUAUACAUGAGAAAAGUCACAAAGGAGAGAAGAUGUAUUCAUGUUCAGAAUGUGGGAGAUAUUUUACAGACAAGUCAAGUCUUGUUAAACAUCAUAGAAUUCACACAGGAGAGAGGCCGUAUUCAUGUUCAGAAUGUGGAAAAUGUUUUAUCUCUAAAGCCAGUCUUAGGCAUCAUCUAAGAAGUCACCAAAGAGAGAAGCCAUUUUGAUGUCUCUAUAUGGAAAAUGUUUUUCAAAGAAAUCAAAUUUUGAAAUCCUCAUAGAAUUCACAUAGAAGAAACCAUAUUUUUGUUCAGAAUUUGGCGAAAUGUUCUAUACUUAUUCACGGACAUUAAACAGUUAAUAUGAAAGGUGUUUAGUGUGCGUGGAAUUAACCUGGAUCUGCUAGACACCCAAAUCAUAUUUACCUUAGGUCAGCGGUGACCGGGACUUAUGGAAGAAAAGUAUUGUGGAUACAAAGAAGAAGAGCCUUGUGACGCUUAAUUCUCCCUGUGAACAUUGCCUCUUUUUACUGUAUUCUUGUGUCCACCCACACUGCAGGAGACUCCAGAGUGACCUUGUGAAAAAGGAAGGACACCCCAUAGAUUUUGUAUAGUGUUUUUUUUUGUUUUUGUUUUUUUUUACAUGAGGACAUCUGAGUAUUUGAACUUCAUUAAAGCACUAGAUAAAGAUAAAUGUGAUGGAAUCAAAUUAAAAAAAAAAAAUAUUUGCAGUAACUGGUUAAACAAAAAAUUUUAAAAAAAUGUACAGAUAUGCAAUUUCAGCCUGUGGCUCAAAUACCUGAUACCUGGUUUCAAACUAACGUGGCCGACAGGGCUGCAGUAAACGAUUAUUUAAGUAA